AUGUGGCCUUACGGCGACUCCCUUGACAUUCCAACUGGUCGUUGGUCUGACGGCCACAUUGUCCCAGAUUUCGUCGGUCGAUUGAUUGGUAAUAACGAACCGAUUCCUCCGGUACAUGACCCAAAAGCCGAUCUUUCUCGAGGAGCAAGCUUCGCCAUUUCUGGAGCACUUGUUCUCGGACCUCGAAAUGACACUAUGAGGUUUGGACAACAGGUAUCGAAGUUUGUAGAGUUACAUAAGAAAUGGAGCGAUAAAGAACGAGCAGAAGCUAUAUACAUGAUCUCCAUCGGAUCUGAUGAUUACUUGAAUUUCGCCAAGGCUCAUCCUAAUGCCACUCCCCUGGAGCAGAUUACUCAUGUUGCCAAUGUUCUCCAAACUUUAUCCAGAGAUCUAACGUAUUUAUACAAGUCAGGUGGGGCGAGGAAGUUUGCGGUACAGAACUUGGGACCGCUUGCUUGCUUACCAAUAGUGAGACAAGAGUUUCAGUCAGGUGAAAGUUGUAUGGAGAUGCUUAACUUCAUGGUGACAAAACACAAUGAACGGCUUCAUCGUCUUCUCUCCGCGAUGACCGUACCAUACCGUAGCUUCCGGUACACCCUCUUUGAUUUCAACGGUGAAAUUCUCCGAAGGAUCAAUGAACCAUCUCGCUAUGGAUAUACUGAUACAACGACCUCUUGCUGCGGUACUGGAUCGAGAAACGCGUUCGGGUGCGGUUAUAGCAACGUGCAUUCGAAACUCUGUAGUUACCCGAAAUCAUUUCUUUUCUUCGACGGGCGUCACAACACCGAGAGAACCGAUGAAGAUCUCGCUAAUCUCUUCUAUUCCGGAGACAAACAUGUCGUCUCUCCGGUUAACAUAAAAGAUCUCGUGGGUAAACAUGUCGUCUCUUCGGCGCAAGAAAUCUAA